AUGUUUGGCCUGUUUAAUAAAGAUGGGUUACUUGAUAAAUUUUGUAAAACCAAAGUUUUCUUAGGAGCUCCAAGACUUCAAUUUUUGAAACAUCGAAAACUCAAACCGCCAAAUUCUAAUCAAAAUAAUCAUCGACUGACAAUGACGGAUGAAUCUAAAAGUCAACUAAAAGAAACAAAGGAAGAGAGUCUGUCAAAAAUUUGGAAGGAAACAAAAUAUCCUUUAGAGUCAACAAAUCCGUUAAUUUUGAAGAAAGAACAACUUGAAAAAGCUUUGAACAAGAUUAAAGAAAAGAAGAAGAAUGAAGAGAAUGUAAAAAUCUUUGAAGAAGAAGAUUUUUUGAAAUUUUUAAAAGCUAAAAUUAAACAAAAAAGAGAUGAACGUCCAAAAUUUAAGAGGGCUCAAGAAGCUCGUUUUUCUUCUGGAAAAAUUUGGAUUUCUCCGCCAUUAUUGGAUUGGGCAGGAAAAUUAAACGAAGAAAUUGUUGAAAAUCUGUUUAAAAAUCUUCCAAAAAUGUUGAAACAUGUAGAAGUGGCUGAAGAAGCUGUGAAUAUGGUUUUGGUACUUGAUGAGAUUAAUCGUGUCAUGGAAUACGAGACGGCAAUCAAUGAAAUCGAAUGGGCUUUGGAGGAUGAAGAGGAGAAGAAAAUGAAGGAAGAGGAAGGGAAGAUGGGGAAUGAGGUUGUUAAGGAAGGAAAUGAUGAAGAAAAGAAAGAUGAGGGAGAAAUGAUGAAAAUGACGGAAGAGGAAUGGAAGGUGAGAAAUGAAGUCACGGAGGAUGAACUAGAGGUGGAAGAGAUGAAAAUGAAGGAAGAUAAAGAGAUGAUGAAGAACCAAGUCAUGAAGGAGGGGAAGGCUAUGGGGAAAGGAAAGAUGAAGAAUAAAGUUAUGAAGAGAGGAAAGGAUGAAGAAGAGGAAUAUGAAAAGAUAAGGGAAGAGAAGGGGAAGAUGCAGAAUGAACUUGUGAAGGAUGAACAGGAUGAAGAAGAAAAGAAGGGGAAGAAAAAAGAUGAAAAAUCUGAGAAUUAUAAACGAGAAAAAUGUAAUGAUGGAAAGGGACGUUUAUACCACCUUUGGUUAAAAUUAAAUCUUUAUGGAAUUCUUAACAUUUCAGCGCCGGGGGAUAAUGUGGAUGAACGGUUAAAAGAAGGAUAUGAACGUUUAAAUAAAGCAAAUGAUUUUGUUAAUUUGUUACAUGAAGAAAACAAGUCUAGAAUUGAGUUUGAAGUUCGGGUUGAAAAUAGCAAAAAUUGUAAGGAUUAG